AUAUUGAAACGUGCCAAGGGCGUCUAUAUUCCGCCAAUGACUCGAGCAGGGGAGUACAUAUGGCAACAUAGCAGACACAUUGAGGCUAUAAAGCCUCUGCAUUCCCACGACCAUGAACCUUGGAUUUAAGCAGACAAAAAUCAUCUUUUCUUUGACUUAUUGUGCCCUUUUUUAACGCUCUGAGAGUGAUCCUUUCCUUCCAAUAACCAACUUCUUCAAUUAUUCACAAUGCUUCCUAAGGCUGUCCUCCUCUCUCUCCUCGCCUCCAUGGCACUGGGUGCCAGCGAGUUCCCUAUUCCCGAGUCUGCUGGCACUGAGACUUUCAGUGAGCCCAAGGAGAUCGCCGCUGGCGAGGUCUUCGACGGUGGCUUGAAGACUUACGGCCGUGGCGUCGAGUGCACUGGCCAGGAUGAGGGUGGCGACAGCGACGCCGUCUUCAUCCUCCAGGAGGGUGCUACCCUCAAGAACGCCAUCAUCGGCACUGACCAGAUUGAGGGUGUCCACUGUGAGGGUGCUUGCACCAUCGAGAACGUCUGGUGGGAGAAGGUCUGCGAGGACGCACUCUCCCUCAAGAAGGGUAACGGUCCUUACAAGGUCAUCGGCGGUGGUGCCCAGGGUGCCGAGGACAAGGUGAUCCAGCACAACGCCGGAGGUGAGGUCAGCAUCGAUGGCUUCGUCGUCUCCGACUUCGGCAAGCUCUUCCGCUCCUGCGGUAACUGCGAUUCCCAGUCUCAGCGCACUGUCACCAUCUCCAACGUCAAGGCCUACAACGGCAAGGUCCUCGCCGGUGUCAACGAGAACUACGGUGAUAAAGCCACCAUCACGGACACUUGCGCCACUGAGGUCAAGGAUAUCUGCAAGACCUACGAGGCCACCGAAGGCUCUGGUGAGCCCGAAGAGAUUGGCUCUGGCCCCAGUGACUCUUGCGUCUACACUGACCCUCUUCCUUCCUGCUAAGUGCAUUCUUAGUGUAUCUGAGGGGAUAUCGGACAUCUUGGGCGCUUUUCUAUUUUGUACUAUUUGUCUCCCUGCAAGGCAGUCAAAGUCAAUCAUACUUUGCUGCCUUCCUGUAUCUAAUAACAUAAAGAAUUUGACCCUUCUCUGAUAGCCCCCGGGGCUGUCCGAGCUGGAUUGGGAU